AUGGACGAUGUCGAACUGCGACAGCAAAUUCUCCAGCGGACUCUGCAGGAGGUAGCUGAUGAGGAGAAGGACGCUGUCGCCAAUCCGUGUGUCAUCUGUCUGGACACCAUCACCGAGCCAUGCGUGGCCCAGCCAUGUCACCAUGCGAACUUCGACUUCAUCUGCCUUCUUAGCUGGCUAGAGCAACAGCAAAGAUGCCCUCUCUGUAAAAUAGAACUGACGGCUGUGCAAUACGAGCUCAAAGCCCCGCAAGGUCCAAAACUAUACAAGCUCCCAACCCCGGAAACACAAUCCUCCACAGCUCCACCCACACCUCGAUUCCCACGAGGCUCUAGAGGUGGCAGGCGCGGAGCAAGACGUCCUCCAUUCCCGCCGCGACCAUCACCAGAUGACCCGCUUGAGCGCCGGCGCAACGUCUAUCGCCACCAAACAUACUCCAUGCGCGUCGGAUCCAACCGCCUAUCUCAAUACCGAGAGCUCACUCCGGACAUGUUCAACAGAGACGAAGAGCUCGUCUCACGCGCCCGGAAGUGGAUCCGCCGGGAACUACGAGUGUUUGCUUUCUUAAACCCGGAGCCGGAGGAAGAGGAGCGCACACCCCAGCAGGUCUCCCGGCCUGGACCCCAGCGGCUUGAAACUCGCAGGGCAAACAAUGCUGAGUUUUUGCUGGAGUACGUUGUUGCCAUCUUGCGCACCGUGGAUCUCAAAGGCAGCGCCGGUCAGGCGGAAGAACUCUUGCGUGACUUCAUCGGGCGAGAGAAUGCUUGUCUCUUUCUUCAUGAGCUACAAGCAUGGUUGAGAAGUCCCUAUAAUUCUCUCGAGGACUGGGAUCGCCAUGUCCAGUAUGCGAAUAGCCCACAGAAUACAUCUGAUAGAGGAAUUGGGCAUGUACACGGUCCGGGUCGUGGAUCAAUAUCUACAAACAUGAGGAGAGGUCAAGCGUCUCGACGACCUUACAGAACCCGGCCGGAAGAUCCAGUUGCUCGCUCUAGGCGAAUCCAACAAGCCCAACAGCGAUAUCAUCCAUAUUAA